CAACGGUAACUGCUUUUCGUCUAACCACUAUCCAACAGACCUUUCUGGUAUGGUAGGACCUCGAGGGAACAAGUGUUCCACCAGCAUAGCUCGUUGGGUCAUUGUGAUAUGCAAGCCCGACCACCACAUCAAGUUGACAUCUGUUGGUCGGAGCGUUUCUAGGUAGUUUUGUGAGUACUGGUGGAGGUGAAGGGAUAAAUUUCCAACCGCAUAUCGAAAGCGACAGUGGUAGACGUCAUUUUGGGGUUAACUUUUUGCACCAUGGUGACAUCAGUCUAGCCGUAGUACAUUGGGUUGAGACGUUAUCAGAUGUGGCUGAGAAUCGAAAUCAGCGGUGCUCAUGCUAUAGCUUACUCCUAUCUUCUGCUGAAUGGUGAUGAUUAUUUCCUUUCGAAUGUACCUUGCUGGAUUGCCAUUGUAAUUGUUGUAUUCUUAUUGUGUUAUAUUUUUAUUCACUUCCCUUCUUUGUGUUUCAGUAUAUAAAUAAAUUCAGGGAAUGGGUCAAUCCGUGUGAAUUCAGAGGUAACUAAGUUUAUAUCCAUUAGUAUGUCUAUAACAAAGUUCAGCAGGGACGGUGACAGCAGGCCUCCCUCGUAGACACUAUUGGUUGUCGUCACUUCAAACGAAAAUUCACUAUCGGCACUUACAAGGCUGCAUGAGGUCGAGUGGAGUUCUCUGGUCAGCAACAAAUACUUGCUUGGUACUUCUUUUGACACUCAUACAGUGCCAAAACACCUCUCGGCUGACACAGUCGAAUCCCACCUUCAGGUCAAGAAAUAUAGCAAGUAUCGGUUGCCGGUAAAUAUGCUUAUCUUCCAUAACCUGUAGAAUGGUGAAGCUCUUAUCUACGCACUCUCGUACAGGUUUGAAACCUUCCUGAACCUCUGAAGUUUGCUGUUUUCUAGCUCCAUUUAGGUGUCGGAUAAAGAUAGAGAUUAGAGUCCUGCACAUAAUGUUAAUCAACCUGAUUCCCCUACUACUCACAAAAGGACUACUUACCGUUCCUAUGAACUGGAAUGAAGUAGACCAGUCUGUCGGGAAUAUCUCUGAUGCCAAUACACUAACUUAGUAAUUUCCUACUUCGUUCCAUAAAAUCUGGUGGCAAAUAAUCAGGUCCUGCAGCUUUGCAUGGUUUCAAGUUUGAAACACCCUAAUCAACUACGAGAAGAGUGCAACCACCCACAUUUACGUCCGAUUCAGGUUCGCGCUGUAUGCUGACCGGCUAAGGCGUUGUUGGUCAUUUGAGCUGUGCUUCAAAAUGUUUCACUCAAUAUCCUGAGAGGUUUCCAGCGUCCCAUUCUUUGUGGUGAUGAUCGCCUACACAAUUGUCUUCUUGCCAGAAUCCUUGACAAACUUUGAUAAUUCCGUAGUAUUGCCUACGUUUAUGUUUUUCUACAUUACUUUCCGUUUCGUAAUAUCUGACUUUGAUGAAUAAAGCUCAUUAUUAUAAAGCAGUUAUAUGCCUCUAGUUUUUUUGUGUUAAUCGGCUAGUGAAGUAAUUGCUUUACAUGAUAUGGACUGGAUAAGCAAUCCGUAUCCCAUUUCACUGUUGUCUGCUAGGUAACACGGUACUGUUUACUUGAUCACAAGAAUAGUUGGUUAGUGAUUAUGAUGAUAAGGAUUCACUUUAUUUUUCUUUCUCGAUAUUGAACUGUAUGCACAUAAAUUCCAUUUUUAUUUGUCAUUCUUAUAGCCCUCCGUGGGAAUCAUUGGUUUUGCUAACUCCAUCAGAACUGGUGAUUGAGUGACCCAUUUAUGUAUAUUUUAAUGUCGUUUAUAAAUGAGCGACAAACUAUCCAGUGGAUUAGAAAUAUUCAAUGGAGGAUAAAACACGUCAUUAAGGAGCCAAAAUUUGUUCCUGCUAAUCGUAAGAUUUCUGGUUGCUAGGAUUAGCCAUUUAUGAGAUGGGUGAUAUGACAAUAGCAUCAUAAGACUUGAUUGAAUAGCCUUAUAAUAGUCUUAACUAGAGCAAUUUUCAUCAACUAUCAAAGAAGUUAGUAGAAGCAAAACGAAUGGAGACAGUAGUAUUUGCAGUUGUAAGGAGUUAUGAAACAAAGAAAUAAAUAUACAUACAGGCAAUAUUUCAGUUGAAAUAAUGAUAUAAGGUAUAGGUGUAUCUGUGCCACUAAGCCUUUCCUUCCGUCGAAUCCGUUACUGUUGUGAACCGUAACUUGGUAGGUCAAGUUUCCCUACACGGUUCAGACCAUAAAUUAGAGAUUUCGUGGGAUUAUAUCGCAUCUUUGAUUUAAUCAUCCUUGGUCUAUUUUCUGUCUAACCUUAACUAAAAUAACUCGAUAGAAUGAACGGUGACUUGAAGUACAUAAUUCAUAUCUCAGCCUUGUUGGUUGGUGAAAAUCUACAACUUCAUCAUCUGACUUAACUCUUUUACCUAAUAAUCUGCGCAGAACUUGUAUAUUGCUCGCAGGCUGACUGUGUCACAUGUAGAUGAUGCUACGGUGGCAAUGAUGGACGAAUAUAUAAAGGUAUCCCAUUACAUGUAAAUUGCUGCAUAAACAAACUAUUUGACAAACGAUCAUUCUAAUUGUGUUGAUGAAAUUGACGGUUACCACAGUAAUCAUCCAUCUUUUACUUACCAUUCAUUCUUGAUGUCGCAUAGUGGUACCUAUAAUGCCUCAUUCUAUACAUUUUUUCCUUAAAAUUGCAGGUCGUAAGUCGAACUCAUCAUCUUCGUUAACGAAAUCGUCCAGUAUGAGAACCCGCUUAAGACCGAUCAUAAUUGAUGGCAGUAAUGUGGGCUUUGCUCAUGGGAAACAAAAAGAAUUUAGUGCUACAGGAAUUCGUUUGGCACUGGAUUAUUUUGCAAAACGUGGCCAUGAGGAUGUGGUUGUUGUAAUACCUAGACAUUAUCAUGGGAAAGGUGGUCGUUAUUUCGAUGAACUUGAGCAUUCAGGCAGAUUGACAUAUACACCAUCACGAACACUGAAUACAAAAAGACAAACGGUAUAUGAUGAUCGCAUAAUCUUACAGCUGGCGGCUGAUAAGGAUGCAGUUAUCAUAUCCAAUGAUCAAUAUCGUGAUCUUAUGUCUGAAAAUGCCAAAUUUAAAGAACUUAUUGAAACACGAUUACUUCCCUAUGUUAUGUCAGGGAAUACAUUUCUUCUUCCAGAGGAUCCUUAUGGACCUAAAGGCCCUUCCUUAUCUACGUGUUUAUCCAUGUCAGAUUCACCACAGUGUUGGUAA